CCCAGGUGUGGCAGUAGGAGGAAACAGGUAGACUGUUGUAGCAAACAACAAAGGUGUUGUGGUCUUAAAACUUGCAUACUGUGGCCGAGUGGAAGAGGCGGGGGGGACAUCAGAGGUUUUUUUGGAUCGAGGAAGGAAGUUUGUUUCAGGAAAAAGCAAUGAAAGAGCUAUAAUUAUCUCCAAGAGCUUUUUUUUUCUUUCGAUCUCGCAGGGACCGUCGGGGUUUGAAGAAGAGGACGCGGCGGGUUGUCUGAAAACAUGGAGGAAUGGUGUUGAAAACGUUACUUCACAGUAUUUCGAACUUAAAUACAGUGUAUGAACUCAUGUACUUUUGACGCUCGUUCUCUGAGCUGUUUGGGUUAGGUACAGUCUCAUUUAUGCGUUUGGGACCGCCCGGAGCCAUCUGCACUCUUCUUGUUGAAGGUUUAGGACUGCAGCAGCAAUGGGCGACAUAGACCUCGAGGAGCAGGAGCCGUUUCCUGUGGACAGAGAUGGGAGACAGCUGAGGAAUGAAGCAGACGAGCCCGAUGGCUUCAGGAAGCUGGGGUGUUGUGAGAAGUUCCAGCAUUCAGUUUCCAAGUGGAUGCUUCCAGAAGGCUUGCGCAGCAAGUACCUGGAACGUACCAACUGCUGCCCACCCCCCAUCUUCAUCAUCCUCAUCAGUAUUGUAGAGUUGGCAGUGUUUAUCUACUACGCAGUGUGGAAGCCUCAGAAACAGUGGGUGACCCUGGACGAAGGCAUCUGGAUGAGCCCCCUAACCUACAAGCCUGAAUGCAGGCAGGAAGCAUGGCGCUUUAUCUCGUACAUGCUUGUUCACGCUGGUGUGGAGCAUAUUGUGGGCAACCUGGUGAUGCAGCUGCUGCUGGGCAUCCCUCUGGAACUGGUCCAUAAAGGGUUUGAAGUGGGAAUGGUUUACCUUGCUGGCGUCGUGGCAGGGUCUUUGGCCAGCUCCAUCUUUGAUCCUCUCAGUGCGCUGGUGGGGGCAUCUGGAGGUGUUUACGCCCUAAUUGGAGGCUACUUUAUGAAUGCAGUGGUGAAUUUCAGAGAGAUGAUUCCUCUCCUUGGAGUGUUUCGAAUCAUCGGCAUAAUAAUGAUCGUCUGUGUUGAUUUUGGAUUUGCCUUCUACAGAAGAUUUGUCAAUGAUGAGGCUGGUAUGAAGGUUUCCUUUGUGGCCCAUUUUGGAGGAAUUGUGGCAGGGAUGACCAUCGGUUACGUCUUCUUCAGCGCUUACAACAUGAAGCUACUCAAGGACCCGCGUUUCUGGCUGUGCAUAGUAGGCUUUGUAGUCUUUGUGCUCUUUGCCGUGCUCUUCAACAUCUUCCUCUCACCAGCACCAUAGGUCUGUAAAGCCUUAAUGUCUCACUCAGGAAGUUAUAUUUUACUGAUGUGUUUCAGAGCAAAAUUGUUUUUGAGAGGUUUUGUGAAUGUAGUGUACAGGGUUUUUUUCUAUCAAAUUUUCAGUUUCUUAAGAGUUAAAUUUGUGAGUACAAAUGGUAGAGUGCCCCCUGCUGUUUGUGUGUAGCAUUACAAAAGACAUAUCUUCAUGACAGACAUAUCUGAUUUUUUACAGUUGAUAAUGAAAUGUCUUUUUAAAGUGAAUAAUUUUGCAGUGAUAUUUCUCUUAUUCUAUACUUUAGCUUACUAUACUAUAUUUGAUACUUGACUGUCUUGUCUAUUUUGUUUGGAAGAUUUUAGACCUUUUUGUACUUUUCAAGAUAUUCAGGAUAUCAAUGAACACACUGGUCCUAAUUCAUGUAAUUUUUCUUAAUGAUCACACUGUUUUAUAGAAUAAUAUUAUGCUUCUCUGUUCUUUUGCUAAUUAUCUGUUGAAUCAUCAUCAUAGACUCUUACAGACUUCCAGUAUUCCUGAAUAUGUGCCUUAAACGUGGUGAAAUCCUCCACUACAUUAAACACUAAAUUUACAAAGAUAUCACAUCUGUUCAGUGAGUUUGGUCGGUUGUUGUAUGACAGCACUAACAAGAAGAAAUAGUUUACAAAACGAUCUCAGGAAAAAGGAAUGAAUGUGUUGCCUUUUCCUUUUGUAAACACAGGAGCUGGUUUACCAUCAGGCCUUGGCUUAAUGCCGCAUUAUUGUUUUCACAUCCUGUUGACAGGACGUGAGUUGAUUAAUGUUUUUGUCAUACUUACUGUUUUUUUUACCUUGUAGAUACAAAAUGCAAAACUUAAAUCUUAAACAUCCAGCUUUUGGAAAUGACAUCAGCUGUAACUUGUUACUGCAAUUAAACAGUGGAGGAUAUUGUACAAUACUCUUACAUAACUACCUUUAACACAAGUGUAAGUUACAAUUUAAUGACAGUAUAUCUAUAUACUCAGUUCUAUAAGUCUAUAAAUGAAAACUCUUUAAUAUGACUGUUUAUAUCUGGUGUGACAAGGAGCAUUGGGUAACACUUGGGGUUCAGAAACAGAUCUUAUUUUUGAAAAUGUACUUAAUUUAUCUAUGAUUACAGGGAAAGUAUAACCAAAGACCAAGCAGAGACCUCCUAUAUUUGGUUUAACAUUUCCACAGCUCAAAGUUAAAUGUAUUUUUAAUGAAGUUUGAUGUUUUUAUGUGUAUUUGACUGUUGAUUUUAUCAGAUGAAUUUAUGCUGUUUGAUAUUGCUGAGACUCAGUUGCGUGUAUUUGAUUGUACCCAUAUAGAACCAACUGCUUUUGAUGUUUUACAGUAUGUGGAAAGUUCCAUAGUUUCCAAGCUCAGCACAUCAAUAUAAUUCAGUCCAUCAUUCAGCUAUCACAAACUUGUUUGCCUUGACCCUGAAGCAGUUGGGAGUGGUAUGUUGCCUUACGUAGAUCUACAUCAGACAUUUGUAAUGUCAGCAAGCAAGAUGGCUGCCUGAUCUACGAGAUUACACUUUUUGUUUCUUAUAUUAAAUAUUUGCUGCCAAAAUUG